CUUUCUUCUGGUAUUUUAGAUGCUUGCCCGUUAGCUGUUGAUUCCAGUUCUUCGUUGGUUGGAGAGUUAAUAACCUUUUCAUUGGAAGUUCCGUUCCUGAUUCUUCAGUUUGUUUUGUUGUUGGAUAGUCAUGAAAUUCAUCUAUCAAGAAUUCUACAGUGCGAGCUCUGCUUCAGAUCAAGGUACUCUUUAUCAGUUGCGCAACCUCUUACAUAGAGUUGAUGUUACAGGACCUGAUGGUGUCACCGGUGCUUUCAGGCAGCAUUUUGCUUUUGUUGAGGACUGCCUUGAUGCUUUUAUACUGGCUGCUGCCAUGGAUAUAAUGGGCAUGAAUGAACUGGAUGAUCAACCUAAGGAAUUCAGACCACCACCACUGAUACAGACUGCUAGCUGUGAUGAGCAAUAUUCCUGGUUGUCAUCAUUAGCGCAAGAAAUUCUGGAACGCCAUGUGAAGCUUGAUAAAGACAAGAAUCCACAGCAAAUCGCUGCAGAGGCAAUGGAACUUGAUCAGAAUUCAGCCUUAAUACAGGAAAUGUAUGACCCAUUGACCAGGAAGUACACUUGCACCUGUGCCAAAGAGUACAAAAGUCUGGGAUUUUUCAAAAGACAUUUAGUUAAAGAGCAUAACUGGACAUUUGACGUACCAGAAAAAAAUCCUUCUGAGACCGAUUUGAUAGCUUCGUACAGAGGAUCAUUUAUGAAGAACGCAUUAUUGUUAAGAGACACAUACAAUGCAUUUCGUAUGGGAGAUGGGAACAGAAUUUCAAGGAAUACCAAAUUUGAAAUGCUAUGUGCUUCUGUUAGGGGUCACACCAAAUACAAGUUGUGGCUUUGGAGAUUCCAAGCAUACAUAACCGCAAUUUUGACUCCAAAACAGGCAGAGGAGUAUUUAUGGAACUGUACGGCAAGUACAAGUGGAGGUGUUGGGAACAAUAUUCCUAAUGACAACCUUGUGGAGUUGCAUGUUCAGCUCGUUAAAAAACUCAUCAAGGAACAAGGAGGAAACUUCACCUACCAGAGUGCCAAGAAAGCAGCUCUUUCAGCCCAUCUGCAAAAGGAAAUGAAAGAAAAUCUGGAAGGAAAUGUAGCAGCAGCAUCAUCUGGGAGAAGUCGCACCAAAACGGACAGUUCUAGUGACUUAUAUCUUAUUCUAAAAGAACUUGUUGCUGCUGGUGUGUUCCGAUAUGAAGUAGGCAGAAAAUAUGAUAGUUUUAGCAAUUUCAAAGAUGUCUAUCAAAGAAUAAAUUUGCCUGAAUUACAUGCAUGGAUAACAAAGCAAAAAACCCGUGCAUCAAGUGAAAUGUUUUGAGUGACCAGAACUGUGUUUAUAAAAUGUUAAAAAUUUUUAAACGUGUUAUUUGCUGUACAUCAUCAAUUUGCCAUUUUUGUAUAUAUUGCUUGAAAAGUGAGGAAAUGUUAGAAUAUGGCAGAAUUAAGUAUGAUGUAAAUUAAAAUUUACACUUGUUCAAAUAUUUUUUGAAAGGAUGUUUUUUUGCAUUUUAACGUUGAUAUAUAGAUCUAGCAAGAGUCCAAGUGCAAUCAAUUAAGUAAACAGAAAAUGUCAGUUUUCAAACUAUGUAUAGUAUGCUAUUAAAAAUGUUAUAUAUGCAAACAUCAAGUGGAAUCUCCCACCAAUAAUGGAAUUAACAAUAUUUUUCCUAGCUGACUCCCUUUCUAAACAUGCCAUCUAUUAAAUUGAUUUGGGGAAUUUCAGUCUGCUCUCUGAUGGAGGUCAUUUUAUUUUCUACAAGUAUUCAUCUUAUAUCAAUAAUUCUUGAACAUUUAGAUUUAAGAAUACGAAAAGAUGUGAUGUGUAUGAUGUAUUUAUUACAUAUUUAUUACAUAUGUAUU